CUCCGGCAGGAGGCGGCGGCGACUCCUCGCUCCUGGAUCUUCCCCGGCGCCAGACAUGCCUCACGCGCCCGGCCGGCUCACCCGCUCUUGAACCGGGACCCGCGGCCGCCUGCGUACGGAUGAUAGCAGCGCUUGAGGCGGAUGGAUUUCUCGCACCCCAAGUGAUUGGCAGCUCCUGGCGGAGAUGGGACCGAGAGUCAGCCGAGAGGGAUCCGGAGUCGGAGCGAGAGCUUGGUCCUGAGGAGGAGAGAGUCGCUUGCGAGCCUCGCCGGGUCAGCAGGAGCCGCCGGGGGUUUGACGCGCCGGAAUGAUGCGUCCCAACCGCGGCUUCAUCCUGCUGCUCCUCAACGGAACCGCGUGUUUGGUGGCACUGGGACAAGAAGAUGGCUCGUCCAAAAGCUCCUCUGACGACUCCUCCAAGACUGUCGGGGUCCUGGGCGGACAGGCGCCUCUGUCCCCCUUGAGCCGCUGGAUGUUCCACAGCAAAAGCAGAGCGCCAAACGCCACCUCUCUGGAGCUGCCCUACCGCUCCCCGGGGCCCUUUUCCAAGCAGGAGUUUUCCAAACAGGAGUUCUGGGAGAUGCUGGGCAGCGACCUGCUCAAGCCAGACUCCUCCAGUUCCAGGGUCAAAAGGCGGCCCAUCGUCAAGACCGGCAAGUUCAAGAAGAUGUUCGGCUGGGGAGAUUUUUAUUCUAACAUCAAAACGGUGCGGCUGAACCUGCUGAUCACCGGCAAGAUCGUGGACCAUGGGAACGGCACGUUCAGCGUCUACUUCCGGCACAACUCCACGGGCCAGGGCAACAUCUCCGUCAGCCUGGUGCCGCCGGUCAAGGCGGUGGAGUUUGACCUGGAGCGCCAGAGCGUGGUCUACCCAAAGGACUCCAAGAUCUUCAACUGUCGAGUGGACUACGAGAAGGUGGACCGGAGCAAACGAACCUCGCUUUGCAACUACGACCCGUCCAAGACCUGCUUCCAGGAGCAGAUCCAGAGUCACGUGUCUUGGAUUUGCUCCAAGCCGUUCAAAGUCAUCUGCAUUUACAUUUCCUUCUACAGCACAGACUAUCGCUUAGUCCAGAAGGUUUGCCCGGACUACAACUACCACAACGAAAUGCCGUACCUGCCGUCGGGCUAGAGUACCCGCCGGGUGGGAGGAGGAGUGUGAGAGGAAAACUGGGGCCUCGGGAAGUCUCAUGACGUCAGGCAGAGCACCUCUCCGUCGCCGAACAACAUCGAUACACAAAAAAACAAGCGACGCCAUUAUCCAAUUAGCCAAUCCGUCAGCGCGUUAGCAUGGCUAGCUAACUCAACUUCUAUGUAGAGCCUGUUUUACCAACACAGUUUGCACCUCACAGGGCUGGUGGUUCUAUUCUGAGUCUCCUGGAUGACGGAGCUCUAAUAUUGAGGAGAGUCCAGGCAGAGGAAAUUCUUCUCUCUUUCAGUCACUGCAAAGCUGGUGACUCCAGGUUCCAGCAGAAAGUUGUGUCUCUUGGCUCAGCUCUUUUGAUAGACUGUCUGAAGGUGAUGCACCGAUCCGCCUCUCCCAAAACUCCACAGUCCUGAAGCUCCUCAUUUACAUUCCACCAUCAAAACAACAAAACUGAACGGCAGAAUCCACCAUGGCAGGCAGUGGGUAGACCAAGCCCUGACUCGAGCACUGAACAGCCCCAGACUGCUAAAACGAAAGACUCAAAUCCCUUUUAUGAGUCGCACAAACGCAGUUGUGAAUUUGAGUCCUACAACUGGAACACAUCUCGAGCAUAUUCCAAGAAUCAAAAGUCAAAUUGGAAAAUGAGUCAGUUCAUAUCAGCAGUGGCAUAAAAACCAGGUUGCAGGUUUGACGACGCGUACCUUGAGCCCUGGAAGGUCGUAUCCGGGGGAAAAAUCUUUUUAACGCUCCCCUCGAAAACGCUGAAAUCUCAAGCGGCCGCAGUGGUUAUCUCAUCCAAAGUUGUUGUGCUCCAGCUUCACCUGGACAAAGACGGAGAAAUGGAUUUAUUAAAAAGCUCAAGUCAAGUUUGCUGCCGAAGAGAAGUACGAAGAUUCUGCAUGCAGAUAGAAUUUAGCUCUGAAGAAAGAAGUCAGGGAGGAGCGGGGGGCGCCAGUCGGUGAGCUCUUUUAAUUAAAGUGGAGAAGGAGACGUGGAGAACGCGGCCCCUUCUUUUGUCCCCUCUGCAUGAAAAAGAUUACAUUUUGUUGCCGUCAGGAUUCUUGAUUUCACGCCUUGAUAACUUUGACUUCGCUCUCUCUCGACCGAAAAACUCGCCGUUCUCCACUCCCACCAUCCGGAAGAAAUGAAAAUAUUAUCAUGAUAAUUACGUUGAAUCUUUAAAACAAAUUAGGAACACAAAAUAAAAAAGUCUCAUCAGCGGUCACAAAAGAACGUGACGGCGUGAUGUCGCCGUGCCGUCCCCGGCUAACUGCUCUCAUUAAGAUAAAUGACCGCCGGGCGGCUCGUGUCGUGUUGCCAAACAAAAGCGGGAGAGGAAGCGGACAAUAGCGCUCUCGCAGCCGAGAGGUUAUUGUGCCUGCGAGGUCGCCGUGACUCUUCGGUUCAUUACGGAGGGAACAGUGGCAGGACAGGUGUGAACGGGCGCCAGCAGGAGAAGCCGCUCGAUGCGCUGCGAUACCACAGUUAUGGAUUUUCUGAGCCGCAAUGAGGCCGUCUCAACCCCUGCGCCCCCUCAGGGGAGAGGGGUGCCGAUUAACAAGGUGUGAGCGGGUUAUAUGAAACACUCUGUUUCGCCUCGGCUGAGAAAUGCCUUCUCUGGGCUCUUGUUUGACUCCGAGCUGCUUCGUUGGACACAAAUGUCGCCUGGGCGUUUUAAUAAUGCGAGGAAAGCGUGGGGGCUGUUUCAAACCUUUCUAUGAUCGUGCAAAGGCGACUGUUGUAUUGAUCUGGGCUUCUCCUUUGAGACCAAAUCAGAGUGAUCAGAGUUGCUUUUGCAGCCUACAUCAGGGGACACGUGGGCGAGAGGGUUUUCCGGACUUCAAAAACUAUCGUGAUGAUAUAAGUAAGAAGUGAACCCUCAAACCAAUCACCAGCCAUUCUCAUAGCACUCAAGUUACAUCCAGUAUUUUCAUCUUAAACGUAGAGUUUGCCUUCUGGCUCAGCUCGAUUUGCGAAGCACCAUCUCACCCUGCUGAAUCAGGAGUUGUUGUUCUGGUACGGUUGAAAAUCCUUGAGCCUCGAGCCAGUCCUCACAGAACUAGAGUUAGAGGUAACUACUAUUUUAACCUUGAGCCUGUUAGGGGGCGGAGCAAGUACGACACACCUGGAGCGUCAAGCGUCAACUCUACCUGGAGUGAAGAGAACAUCUCGAUAACGUCCCUUCUUCCAAUGCUUUGCCUUUGAGGAACCUUUGGUUGGAUGAUGAGUGCCCAUCUGUUUAUUUUAUGAGGAAGGACAAACGGAUCUACGUUAAUGAGUGGUCAUUCAAAAGAAAGAGUCCAAGCUAAAAUGCUCCACUGAAGAUCACAGAAAAUCAAAUAAUAGCCCGAAAAUGAAUCAGGUUUCAUCUAACUGAUCACACAAAAGCCACUUUCAAAAAGAGAGCUCCAUUUGAAACAUCAGAUCAACUGGACAGCGACGCCUGGACUCUCUUCCCAACAUCAAAGGAAGGUGUCAUCUGGUCCUGGCGCCUGUCACCCGACCCCGCGGCCUCCUCUUGAACCCUCCUGCCCCACUGCUCAGCAUCCUCUCUCUCUUAUCUGCCGUCAGACGAACGCGCAGUUGAGGAAUCUCCCGUCUUACAUAAGGAUUGUUAGAGGCGCCGGCUCGACACAGACAUGCCCCAGUAACCUCGAUACUCUUCCCUCAACGCUCUCUCCUGCCAUCCUGCAGGGCGUCCUGAGAGAAGCCUCAGCAGAAACCAAUAUUGGGAUUGCAGGCUGGAUGAAGCCCCCGCCAUCCUCAACAAUCCGCUCCGACUUACAGCAAUACUUUCAGAGACUCCACCUUCAGAUGGAAGGACUUGUUGUGGACGAGAGCAGCGGCCUUACGACGGACAUUUGUGGACAUCUGCAGAGUAAUAAAAGAGAAUUAUAAACACACAUAUAUAGAUGAAUAUUUAAAGACCUGAAUAAAGCUGUAUCUAAAUGUGGGGUCAUGCAGUGGAGGUUUUAUCUUCUCAUUCGUUCCUCGGUGUCAUGUGGAUGAUUAAAAACACGACGGCAAGUGACUGUGGUUGUUUUGAAAAUAAAGUAC